AUGUUGGUAACAACUCAGACCAAUAAUGCGGUGUACUUUCGACGAAAUACAACAUCUGAAUAUGUCCAAUCUUUAGAAAUUUCUGUAAAAGUUUGCCAACAACACAUAGCUCAGCAAGAAAUAGCCAACUUCAAGUGUUUAAAAGGGCAAAAUCCAAAAACUUUCUAUUUCCGGUGUUUAAAUUUCGCUGUUUGUGUUCGUGCUAUUACAUUAGAUGAGUCUGCACUUGACAUGGAUUUAAUGAACCUUCUCUUUAUUUAUUUGUUAACUGCACUUCCUUCAAUAAAUCCCCUAAAUGAAUGUAAAAUUGCGAACGUUACUUUUGUAUUUGUCAGUAAAUACAUAUUUGUUGAUUUAGAAAGCACUGGAAUACAUAAAUUAUUCCUAUGUGUGAAUUACGUUUAUACUCCACAAAUGGGCAAGAACAGGAAUAAUAAUACUUUAACCGGAGAAAUGCAAGCUAAUAAUAUAAUAAAGAAGAAGCCGUUCUUAAAAUGGAAAUCGCUUAAGCUGUAUAACGCUUUCGGCAAGUGGUGGCAAAUACUAUGUCUUGUUGAAGAACACGCAGCCAUUAAUGUUGAAAUUAAUUCGAUUUUUGCAAAAUGUCAAUUUUAUUGUAAUGAGGACCAAAAAUUUGCAACAAUUUAUUCUAGCAGUGACUUUUUUGUUCAAGACAGCAAACAGCUGAUUUUCUUAAUUAAAACAAAAUUAACAAAUAAACAAGUUUAUUUGACUAUUUAUUUAAGAUUUAUACUAAACAAAUCGCAAAUAAAAAGUAAAGUGAAUGUGGAUUUAAAGGCCCAAAAGAAUCUAUUACUUAUAUUAAUGGUUUUCACGAACCACAAAUUUAAUAUUUCAAUUCCACAAGCAGACAAGUGUGCACCCGGGGACAUGUAUGAAAAGUGGGCGAUGGUUGCAGCAAUCCUUCAAAUAGAUCAUUUUGAGUUUUGUGUCAUUCAAAAUAUGUGGACAAAUAAUAAUAACAAAAAUAUUUAA